CUAAUUUUCCUAUUGCCCAUAGCUGUAAGCGUUACGGCAGAAAACUCAUCAGUAGAGUCUCUGAAUACAGAAAUAUUACUGAGCGCUUGAUUAGGCACUACUUAGGCUAAAUCAACUGUGACUGAACCAUACACUGGAUUAACAGAUUUAGGGCUAUCUGUCAUACUCUGAGGCUUAAUACCAAGGAUUUGAAUAUUUACAAUACAUACUGUGAAUUUUGAAUGGUUAACAUUUACACUAGCUUGGAUAAGGAAGAAAGGAAAUGAUGGGACUACUCUUGCAAUGUGCCCUUGUGCUCAUUCUUUCCAAUCUUUCGCUGGGAGGAGCUGAUCAAAUUGAAGAUGCCGAUCAGAUGAUUGGCUGCGGAAAUAAUGUUACAUCAAACCCAGGUGAUAGAGAAUGGAAGAGUGGAAACGUGAAAGAAGAGAUCAUGGUUGAAUGGAUGUUUGGAAAGGAAACAUGCAGUUCAUACAGUAGUUGCUAUGGAGACUCAAAAGUGAACAGUUCUAUGACACCACAAUUGAAACCAAUAGAGAUACAACCUGGAACUGUUGUUAGAUUCUUCCCUUCAAAAAAGAUGGACAUAGAGUUUUCCAUGAAAGUCUUUUAUGUGAGUGAAGACAACUUCAAACUGUGUCUUCCACAUGGUACAGCACUAACCAAAGACAGCCAGACAGAGCCUUUUAUUGUGAAUCAGGAGUUCUUGAAACUAGGCUCAAAUUAUUUCAUAGUUUAUAAUGCAGAUGACCAUAUUUUCCAAUGUCGGUUUGGGUUGAAAUUAAAUAUCACAGUGAAAGAAGAGCAGUGUUUUCUCAACACAACGCUGUGCUCAGACAGGGGACGCUGUCUUACUAGACAGACUGAGAAAUAUUACACAUGUAGAUGUUGUGAGGGGUUCACAGGGACAUUUUGUGAAGAUGUGGAUUCUUGUAACAGCUCCUCCUGUCAGAAUGGUGGGAAAUGUGUUGAUGUUUACGGCGAUGAAACUGGCGGGAAAUUCAAAUGUGAUUGUGCAAUAGGUUACUAUGGCGCUACAUGUCAAAACCAUGUAGACAACAUGUGUAAUGUUGAAGGACUGUGCAAACAUGGCGCCAGUUGCCAUGGUGACAGAUAUACAUAUCAUUGUAAUUGUACGGAGGGGUAUUUCGGGGAUCGCUGUGAAAAUGAAGUUAAUGAAUGUGAUUCAACUCCAUGUAAGCAUUACGGACAAUGCAUCGAUCGUGAAGGUGGAUAUGAAUGCUACUGUAUCCCAGGCUACGGGGGCAUAAACUGUGAGAUCGAGUACAAUGAGUGUCUAUCAGGUCCUUGUGGGAUGCAUGGGAUGUGUAUUGACAAACUAGACAGCUUUGAAUGUAUAUGCGCUCCUGGCUACAAUGGAACUGAUUGUUCUCUCAGAGUGGAUGGCCCAUGUGUGUCAUUCCCCUGUAAAAACGGUGGAAGGUGCCAUGACAACGAAGAUUUUGACAACAGCUUUAGCUGCCACUGUCACAGAAACUACACAGGGCAACUGUGUGAAACACAAGUGGAGAGAGUGGAGACGUUUACCCCACAUGCGGCAUUCUCGGGUCAUCUAGGUUACGUGAACAAUCUAUACAUUAUAGCUGGUACAUUAGCAGGUGCAUUUGUAAUUUCUCUGGUUGUCCUAGCAAUGUGCUACUGCAGAGUCUAUAAGACAUACCUACAUAUCAGCUGCAAUCCAUAUAAAUAUAAGCAAUACACAAAUUGGGGUGACUCAAGCAAGACCAGUGAUAAAGAUGAUGUCAACAGAGACGGUAUGAAACACUCCUCAGGUGACGUGUCCGACGUUGUCAUGGUUACAAACAACACCAAUAACAUGAGGGACCGGACUCUAUUUGAUGAGUUGCAACCAAGAAACAUAUAAUCUCUCAUUAACGGAACAUCAUGGAAACUACUGUUAAACUAGAAAGCUUUAGAAUAGUACUGUCUGCAUUUUUAACGUUACUGGGCGAGCAUUAAUCGUCCGAUUGACAUUGGGAGUAUUUAUUAUCAAAAGGCGUAGCUAGGAUGUAAAAUAAGGCGAGGCAAAUUUGAAUUUAACAUUAUACUAUUGGAUUUAAUUCAAAAGUUUGGCAAAAAAAUGCCUGCACUGAUUUUUCUGUAUAUUUUGGCAAGGCUCUGUUCUUGCCCGCCUCGUACCAGGCUACGCGUAUAAUAUCUGCAAUUCUUUCUUGAUUCUUGAUGACUUAAUUGAUUGUUUGUUAUUCGAUAAAGUGAAAAAUGCCUCUCAUUAAAAUAUUACACUCUGGUCAUCCUGCAGUACGUUUUGAACUCCUAAUGUAGGAUCAAGAUGAAAACUGACUGAGUUUUAUUAUAUCUAUUUGAUCUCAUUUGAUUUUAUAUAGUAUAAACCUGUGGGAAUGGGUAUAUAAAUUAUAAUAAGGUUGGUUUAUUUGUUUGUUUUUUAUGUUUUUAAGUAUUUGUUGUUUUUUGUAAAUAUAUUUGAGAUACGUGUGUGGAGGAUGUUAAUAAACUAAUUUAAUAAAAAUAAGCCUACCUGAAAAUCUAGAAAAUAUAAAUCCGUUUGAUCAACGCAAGCACUAAAUUAAGCUAAUAUUGGCAUUUUUAUUCUCAAUGUAUGGAUGUUGGGGGUUUAUAUAUUUGAUUAGAUGUGAUUAACCAACCGACCUAUUUGGUGAGUGAUUGUUAAUUUUGCAUACUUUUUUUUAUUUGACAUGUACAUGGCAUAUAAAAAAUGAAGAAUAAAGUUAUG